GCCGCCCGGCUCGCGCCGCCCGGGGGCCGCCGGGAAGGCGAGGCGGCGGCGGCCGGAGCUCGGAGUCUCCACCCCGCCCGCUCGGCGCCCAGGACAGGUUGAUUGGAGGAGUUGCAAAUGUCUCUGAAGGCCCCAGUGAAAAGUUGAGACCCACGCUCCUAUGCACAUAGAAUAUGAAACAGGUGUCAAAAUGACAUCCAGAUUUGGGAAAACAUAUAGCAGGAAAGGGGGAAAUGGCAGCUCUAAAUUUGAUGAAGUAUUUUCCAACAAACGGACCACCCUUAGUACAAAGUGGGGAGAGACCACCUUUAUGGCUAAACUAGGCCAGAAGAGGCCUAAUUUAAAUCCAGAUAUCCCAGAAAUUCCUAAGAAGCCUAAAGUAGAAGAUGAAAAUUCAGAAGAUCCUUUUGGAUUUGAUAGUGAUGAAGAGUCUUUACCAGUUUCUUCAAAGAAUGUGGCCCAGGCUAAGAGUUCCUCCCAGUUGGAGCCUGGUGAAGCUGCUCAUCUGGGUGACUUCACCUCUGUACUUGAAGCUAACAGCUGUAUUAGUCAACCAAUCACCGAAGACAUUAUCGUGUCGAGCAAGUGUUUACCUUGUGAGAGUACUUUCCUUGGUUUAAAAGAAAAGAGCACAAACCGAGCCUUAGAAGACGGUGAAAACAAAAGUAGUGCAAAACUAAUAACUAAAGAUAAAGUACAGAAUUUUAAUGACAAUGAAAAGAACAGUCACUUUAUUUACAAACAUACUGAAGGUGGCAAUAAACAAUCCAGCCCUGAAACUACAGCCAUUUCUGGAUACAGAGUUGAAGCCAAGGAUUCAUAUGAUGCUUGGGAUUCCCAAAUUGGGAAAAGGUCAGACUCUCCAUCAGAAACGUCCCAGACCAAGGUAUCCCUACGAACCGGUUUAUAUGAAUGGGAUGAUGUUGCAGAUAACAGACCAGGAGAUUUUAUUUUAAGUUUGGAUAGUGAUCAUCAUUUAGAGAUAAAGAAUAAAGAGGAGUUUACAGGUAAAGAUGAAAUGGGAGAUCUGCAAGAAGCCAUUAAUGAAGACCUUCUGCAAAGUGUUCUCAGGCCAAGCAACUGUAGGACGUAUUGUAGGUCCGGUAAAGCAAAAUCAUCACAAGGGGCAUCACACUUUGAUAAGCUAAUGGAUGGCACCAGUCAGUCUUUAGCCAAAGCAAAUAAUGAGUCAAAUCAAGAUGGUCUGAAUCCAGUUCGGAAAGUUGGUGUAAGUUGUGGGACCAGUUUCAGAGGGACUGUAGGACGGACUAGAGACUACACUAUUCUGCAUCCGUCUUGCCUAUCAGUUUGUAAUGUCACCAUACAGGAUACAAUGGAGCGGAGCAUGGAUGAAUUCACUGCAGCAGCUCCUACUGACUUGGGUGAAGCUGGCCGCCUAAGAAAGAAGACAGAUAUAGCUACCACCAAGACCACCACUAGACAUCGACCUAGCAAUACCAAAUCCAAAAAGGAUGUUAAACUUGAAUUUUUUGGGUUUGAAGACAAUGAUGAGGCAAAGGUUGAUGAAGGAGGCUCUGGAAGUUCUAAUUACAAAAUUAAAUAUUUUGGAUUUGAUGAUCUCAGUGAAAGUGAGGAUGAGGAUGAGGAUGAUUGGCAAUUGGAAAGAAAAGCAAGCAAAAAAAGAACUAAAUCAGCACCAUCUGUCUCCUUUCAACCUCCCACAGAAAGCAAUGAUAAUUAUUCCCAGGAUAGUCAAUCUAAUGCAAAUCCAGAUGUUUUGGACUUUUCAGAGGAUUCACCUGGUGUGCCUGGAAACAUAAAGAAGACCACAAAUAAACAAGGAGAUAAAUCAAAGGAAAACACUAGGAAGAUUUUUAGUGGCCCCAAACGAUCACCGACAAAAGCUGUGUAUAAUGCUAGACAUUGGAACCAUCCAGAAUCAGAGGAACUCCCCGCCCCACCAGUAUUGAAAACUCAGAGUGUCGCAGUGAGGCUUUCUUCAAAGGAGGCAAUUCAGAGAGAUGAUGGAGUUUUUAAGGCUCCUGCACCACCACCCAAAGUAAUAAAAACUGUGACGAUACCUACUCAACCCUACCAAGAAAUAGUAACUGCAUUGAAAUGUAGGAAAGAAGACAAAGAAUUAUACACUGUUGUUCAGCAUGUGAAGCACUUCAACGAUGUAGUGGAAUUUGGUGAAAAUCAGGAGUUUACUGAUGAUAUUGAGUAUUUGUUAAGUGGCUUAAAGAGCACACAGCCUCUAAACACACGUUGCCUUAGUGUUAUUAGCUUGGCCACUAAAUGCGCCAUGCCCGGUUUCCGAAUGCACCUGAGAGCACAUGGGAUGGUGGCCAUGGUUUUUAAAACACUGGAUGAUUCACAACACCACCAGAAUUUGUCCCUUUGCACAGCAGCUCUUAUGUAUAUACUAAGUAGAGACCGUUUGAACAUGGAUCUUGAUAGAGCUAGUCUAGACCUUAUGAUUCGACUUCUGGAGCUGGAACAAGAUGCUUCAUCAUCGAAGCUACUGAACGAAAAGGACAUGAACAAAAUUAAAGAAAAAAUCCGGCGACUCUGUGAGACUGUACACAACAAACACCUUGAUUUGGAAAAUAUUACGACAGGGCAUUUAGCAAUGGAGACAUUAUUGUCCCUUACUUCAAAGCGAGCAGGAGACUGGUUUAAAGAAGAAUUGCGCCUUUUGGGUGGUCUUGAUCAUAUUGUAGAUAAAGUAAAAGAAUGUGUGGAUCAUUUGAGUAGUGAUGAAGAUGAAGAGAAACUGGUAGCUUCAUUAUGGGGAGCAGAAAGGUGUUUACGGGUUUUAGAGAGUGUAACAGUGCAUAACCCAGAGAAUCAAAGCUACUUGAUAGCAUAUAAAGAUUCACAGCUUAUUGUUUCAUCAGCAAAAGCUUUACAGCAUUGUGAAGAAUUGAUACAACGAUAUAACCGUGCAGAAAAUAGCAUAUGUUUAGCUGACAGUAAGCCUCUCCCGCACCAGAAUGUAACUAACCAUGUGGGUAAAGCAGUACAGGACUGCAUGAGGGCCAUCAUUGGUGUGUUACUCAAUUUAACUAAUGAUAACGAAUGGGGCAGCACCAAAACAGGUGAACAAGAUGGUUUGAUUGGCACAGCAAUGAAUUGUGUGCUUCAGGUUCCAAAGUUCCUACCUCAAGAACAAAGAUUUGAUAUCCGAGUGCUGGGCUUGGGUCUACUAAUAAAUCUAGUAGAAUAUAGUGCUCGGAAUCGGCACUGUCUAGUCAAUAUGGAAACAUCAAGCUCUUUUGACUCCUUCUGUGCUGGAGAAGGAGAUGACAGUUUGAGGAUAGAUGGACAGAUUCAUGCAGUUCAGGCUUUAGUGCAAUUAUUCCUCGAGCGUGAGCGAGCAGCCCAGUUGGCCGAAAGCCAGACAGAUGAACUGAUCAAGGAAGCUCCCACUGCUCAGCAUGAUAAAAGUGGAGAAUGGCAAGAAACAAGUGGAGAGAUACAGUGGGUUUCUGCUGAAAAGACAGAUGGUACUGAAGAAAAAGAUAAAAAGGAAGAGGAUGAUGAAGAACUUGACCUCAAUAAAGCCCUUCAACAUGCUGGCAAGCAUAUGGAAGACUGCAUCGUGGCCUCAUAUACAGCGCUGCUUCUUGGCUGUCUCUGCCAGGAGAGUCCAAUCAAUGUGACUACUGUGAGGGGGUACUUACCUGAAGGGGACUUUUCAAUAAUGACUGAAAUGCUCAAAAAAUUUCUCAGUUUCAUGAAUCUUACUUGUGCUGUUGGAACCACAGGCCAGAAAUCUAUCUCUAGGGUGAUUGAAUACUUGGAACAUUGCUAGAUACUUCAUUUCCGCUGCGGGCACUCAC